GUGGACUGUUUGAGCCCUGCAAACCAUCAGAAGCUUUGUGUUCUCUUCAGUAGUUCUUCUGUUCAGUCAAGCAAUGCACCAAAUCCAUGUGUUAGUCCGUGGAUUGUCACAAUGGAAUUUUAUGGAAAAAAUGAUCUGACUUUGGGAAUAUUUUUGGAAAGAUACUGCUUUAGACCCUCCUAUCAGUGUCCCAGCAUGUUCUGUGAGACACCUAUGGUGCAUCAUAUACGCCGUUUUGUGCAUGGCAAUGGUUGUGUACAGAUUGUAUUAAAAGAGCUGGACUCUCCUGUUCCUGGUUAUCAACACACAAUACUAACAUACUCUUGGUGCAGAAUAUGUAAACAGGUAACUCCAGUGGUUCCGCUGUCCAGGGAUUCUUGGUCUAUGUCCUUUGCCAAGUAUCUGGAGUUAAGAUUCUAUGGCUAUCAGUAUUCCCGCAGAGCAAAUGCGGAGCCUUGUGGUCACUCGAUGCAUCAUGAUUAUCACCAGUAUUUCUCCUAUAAUCAAAUGGUUGCAUCAUUCAGCUUUUCCCCCAUUAGAAUACUUGAAAUUUGCCUACCCCCACUAGAAAUAUACAUCAAACCUCAAAUGCCAUCAAAGCAAUUGAUUGUUCAGGAUUUGAAGGAUUUUUCACAAAAAGUAUCACAAAUCUACUCAGCAGUAGACGAUCGCCUGGUGUCCCUGAAAACGGAUACCUUCAACAAAACAAGAGAAGAAAAAAUUGAAGAUUUGUUUGCACAAAAAGAAAUGGAAGAGGCAGAGUUUCUAAACUGGUUUGAAAAAACUCAAGCAAGAUUGCUGACCUCCUCCGUCGACAACCCUCAGCAGUUGGUAUUUUUGGACGAUUGCUUAAUUACCAAGAAGCAGAAUUUGUGUGAGCUGUUACAGGCUUGGAAUAACAGACUACAGGAUCUGUUUCAACAAGAAAAGGGUCGGAAACGACCAACAGUACCACCAAGUCCUGGUAGAUUGAGGUCAACUGAAGAAACCAAGAGCAGUGUACUGGAUACGUCUCCACGCAGUUCAGCUUUAGGUCUACCAAAUGGCGAUAAAGAAGAUCGCUUAUUGCCCACCAUGGCGGCUAACUCUACCAACACUGCCAAUUCUCAGUUGCUCUCCUGCCCAGAUGUAUGCACCGAACAAGUGUCUGCUGGACCCAAUAUUCCCACAGUGUCUGUUAUCAGUGACCAAGAUACCAACAAUUCUGAUGAUGUAUAUGAUGGACACCUUUUGGGCUCCAGUGACAGUCAAGUAAAAGAAAAGUCAACUAUGAAGGCUAUUUUUGCAAAUCUUCUUCCUGGAAGCAGUUACAACUCCAUUCCUUUCCCAUUUGAUCCUGAUAAGCAUUACCUGAUGUGGGACCACGAACGUGUACCAAUUACAGUAUGUGAGAAAGAGCCAAGUUCGAUCAUUGCAUUUGCUCUCAGUUGCAAGGAAUACAAGAAUGCUGUAGAAGAUCUUGGACGAGAAUGCAUGACGAAUGGGAAUGACGAAGGAAUACAACAAGCAAAUAAUGCAGACAGACCGAAGGCCAACAGUCCUGCAAGACAUUUAGAAAGCAACAGCAAUCAAGGAAAUCGCAAUACAGAAUCUGAGCAGACAUCAAGAAAGACACUUGGAGUUUUGUCAUUUUUCCGAGGUUCAGGGGGUAAAAGCCCUGAUCUGUCCAUACAGAGAAAAGAGACUUUGCGAGGUGCAGAUAGUGCUUAUUACCAAGUCUUUCAAUCAGGGAAAGAAAGGGCAGAGAAUCAAGCUGCAGAGUUACAAG